AAGACCGCUCUCAUGUCGGAAGCGUCAGCUUUGCUCAGUUCAUUUCCUACUUUGGCCCUCUUAUCGGGCUUACUCGCGAUGGGGCUGUUGUCAUGGAUUCGCCCACGAGGACGCAUCGUGUUCUACCACGCUCGAGACAAUCAACUCCUCUUGAAAAAGGCAUCGUUAAAAUCUGGCGUGAAAGAGCAGACGACGCUGGUCGACGUUUGCCGCGAGGCCACUCCUGAUGCCUGCCACCUCAACCCGCUCUUGUUCAAUGGCCAUUUGCAGACUAUGUGGACAACGUUCAAGCAUGAUACUGUUCCCAUUUACUAUAAACGAAAGAUUUUUCAGACAGAAGGGCCGACGGUUCCCGGUCAGUAUGCAAUAGACUUUGUGGUCAGACCUUACGACAUGCCCCCUGAGGGUGACCUCACCGACCAAGCGAGAAAAUAUACGCAGCCUUCGGGCCUUCCGCCUCGGACAUCUUUCUAUUCCCAGGAAGAGUUUGCUGGUCUUCCUUCCGAUGAUACAAAACCAAUGCUUGUUGCUCUCCAUGGUCUAAGUGGCGGUUCCCAUGAACUCUACUUGCGGCAUGUGCUUUUUCCCUUGGUGGCAGACGGCGGAUGGGAGGCAUGCGUGGUUAACUCAAGGGGAUGUGCCCAAACCAAAAUCAGCACUCCGGUUUUAUACAAUGCACGUGCAACAUGGGAUGUUCGUGAGGCCGUUAAAUGGCUUAGAAAAAACUUCCCUAACCGACCUCUGUUUGGCAUUGGCUUCUCCCUUGGUGCCAACAUUCUCGCCAACUAUCUUGGGGAAGAAGGUGAUUCUUGCCAGCUGAAGGCCGCCGUCAUCUGCGCCAGUCCGUGGAACUUGGAUGUGAGCUCUGCAAGCUUGCAGCGGACCUGGCUUGGGAAGGAGGUAUAUAGUAGGACUAUGGGAAAUAGCAUGAAGAGCCUUUUUGAGUCACAUGCUGAGCAAAUCGCCAAGAAUCCCGGCAUUAAGGCCGAAGAAGUGAGACGCAUCACCUACCUGCACGAGUUUGAUAGGGCGUUUCAAUGUCCUGCCUGGGGCUAUCCUAGUGAAGGUGCAUAUUACCGUGACGCAGCAUCUACAGACCCUAUGCUCUCUAUUCGAAUCCCAUUCUUCACUAUUCAAGCCGAAGAUGAUCCGAUCGCCUCCCGUGAUUGCUUACCUUUUCAAGAAAUAACCCAGAACCCAUAUGGAGUUAUGAUGACUACGUCUUGGGGUGGCCACCUGGGUUGGUUUGAGUUUGGAGGGUCGAGAUGGUUUGUGAAACCGGUCACGAAUUUCUUGAACACAAUGGCCCAGGAAAUUGACACCGAGGUUCCCGGCGUGGUUGAGCACCCAGAGAGACUUUUUGAACAGAUAACCAGCAACCCUGAAGCUGGAAAGAACCCUGAUAUGACCUCCAAGCCUAAGUUUACUCCUGCUCUUCGCAGGCUUGACAUGAACCUGUCUUGUUGA